UGAACGGCGGAGGGAGGACGGGGCGGUUUCCCGGAAGCGGCUCGCAGUGUUGUGGGGCUGCUGUUAGGUCGCAUCUGUGGGUGAGGGGGGGUCGCAGCUAUGUCGGAGCGGAAGGUGUUGAACAAAUACUACCCGCCGGACUUCGAUCCUGCUAAGAUCCCGAAGCUCAAACUCCCGAAGGACCGACAGUAUGUGGUGCGGCUCAUGGCCCCCUUCAACAUGCGAUGCAAGACAUGUGGUGAAUACAUCUAUAAAGGGAAGAAGUUUAAUGCCCGUAAGGAGACUGUUCAGAAUGAGGUGUACCUGGGACUUCCUAUCUUCCGCUUCUACAUCAAGUGCACACGUUGCCUGGCAGAGAUCACUUUCAAGACAGAUCCUGAGAACACGGACUACACCAUGGAGCAUGGCGCCACUCGCAACUUCCAAGCUGAGAAGCUCUUGGAGGAGGAGGAGAAAAGAAUGCAGAAGGAGAGGGAAGAAGAAGAGCUCAACAAUCCCAUGAAGGUCCUGGAGAACCGAACCAAGGACUCCAAGCUGGAGAUGGAGGUUCUGGAGAACCUGCAGGAGCUGAAGGAGCUCAACCAGCGCCAGGCAAAUGUGGACUUUGAGGCCAUGCUGAAGCAGUACAAGGAGUAUGAGGAGGAGCAGAAGCGCAAGGAGCAAGAGGAGGAUGAGCAAGAGAUGAAAGCUAUGCUGGAGCAGGCCCAGAACCGGCGGCUGCUGAUAGACUCCGACUCUGACGAAGAGCCUGCGAAAUCGCACACGAAGCCGGUGGCGAAAAUUAAACCCACGGACAUCUUGCAGGAGGACCCUCAGCCCCAGAGUAAGAAGCUGAAGACUGAGAGCUGGGAGCGGAGCGUGGGCAAAUUGAACACCAAGCCCCAGCUGGCUGGGCUGGUCACAGUGAAGAAGCAGAAGCCGGGUCCUGCCCUGGCUAAUGGGACAGAGAACCAAGGCACCGCGGCCAACACCGGCUCGUCUCCCACAGCAACGGGCACCACCACGUCUUCCCUCGGCUUGUUGGGGGCGUAUUCGGACAGCGAGGACAGCGCGAGUGACUGAUGAGCGACCGAGUGACUGAUGAGCGACCCGAGCCAGCCCAGAGCGGGGACGGCAGGCUGUGCCCCCCCCCCCGCCCCCUCUCAGCAGCUGCUCUCCAGGGCCCCGCGCAGAGCCGGCCUGCAGCCGGCAGCGUUUCCAGGCCAUCUGGAGUCCCAACGUCUUCCCCUGCCCGCCCCGGGGUGCGUCUCCAUCCUCCAAGAGGGACGAGGCCCCAGCCGCCCUCGCCGGCGACCGCCGCCGGCAGAUGAAACCCGGGUGAGCCGGUCGAGAAGACUGCUUCCCCGUAGGAGGGAAUCGCUGCUGCGUUGCGGCUGGUGGAGAGCCCCGAGGCUGGCCCAGGCUGGCUCUGCCCAAACCCAGCUUCCAGCCAGCCCUGGGAGCGCGGUGUGGCCCAGCCCUGCGCCCGUUAACGUGUUCGGCAGCGCCGGGGCCAGCCGGGACUGUGGAGUUUCUCCGUUCUGGUGGUGCUUGCUGCCCUCGCCCCCGUGCUGAUCGUGCCUGAGCCCCGGUUUUGUGACACGCUCACCCUCUUCCCGCAGCACUAAAAUGACCUCAGGGCCUUCCUUCCCUCCUGCCCUGCGUCCCUGCAGGGAGGUGGGGGGGGAAGGCAGGAGCUCAGCACCCCUCUUCUCCCUUGGGAGGACCCACCACCACCACUUCUCUGGCCCUGGGUGUCUCCUGACCCCUCUGCACGGGUCCAACUCCGCCUUUGUGGGGUGAGUCCCCAUUCCCCGUUGUUUUGCUGUUAGGGGUGACACGUUCUGCAGCACGGACCAGGGGGGUCCUGGAUGCUGCCACCAGCCUCCUCCUCCCCCUGCCCAAGUCCCCCGCCGUCCCCAGCAGCUUGGUGACAAACCCUUCCCCGCCGUCCCGUGACCCGGUAAUAAAUUGGAUGUGUCAGA